AUGGACGAGGUCAGCCCGUUUGCUGAAUUCCUGGGCCAGGCGAUCUACCACAUCACAGCUGUCAAACCUCUCAUUCCGACCUACGCGCAUCUCCUUGUUUCCGCUUUAUUCCCGAUCUACAUCGGUGCCCAUGCUUCGCUUUCAAGACCAAACUCUGCCGCGAAACGCCCCAAGAAAACUGACGAUGACGAGUCCGACGACGAAGACGAAGACGACGAAGAGGAGGGAGAAAGCAAGGGAAAGAUGGAGUCACUAGAGCCUAGUGAUGCAAUAAUGUUUCCUUUGACUGCCGGUCUGACUCUUGGUGGACUAUACUUGGUGAUAAAAUACAUGGGUGCUGAGCUUCUGAACAAGAUUCUGGGCUUUUAUUUCUCUCAGAUGGGCGUGUUCUUCGCCAUAGCCUUCUUGCGGGAUGUUCUCUCGGUUUUCCGGUCAUUUGCCUUCCCACGGACAUAUACAUAUGAUGGUGGGCUCUGGAAGGUGCAGCAGUUGGAGCGCGUUUUCACAGCUGUUGGCGAAACUGCUCCUUCACAAGUCCGACGCUCUCCCCUUCCAGGCAUCUUUGGUUCCUUCCCAUUGCCAGACUCCACUAUCGACCUGCUCUGGACUUAUCGCAAUGCGAUCUAUCAGAAGGCUAAAUUCAAAAUCAACAUCCACCGCAUCUGCAAGGCCGAAAUUUCAGUGGACAUGCUGGACUUGUUCAGUAUCUUGCUGGCCCUGCCGGCUGUGGGAUACUUCGCUUUCGUUGAGAAGCCGUGGUGGUUAACCAACUUCCUCGGAUUCAGCUUCUGCUAUGGGGUUCUGCAGUUUAUGUCGCCGUCUACCUUCCUCACUGGAUCCCUCAUCCUCGGCUCGCUCUUCUUCUACGAUAUCUACUUCGUCUAUUUCACGCCGUUGAUGGUUACAGUUGCGAAAUCAUUGGAUGUGCCGAUCAAGCUCCUGUUUCCUCGGCCUGCAGGUCCAGGCCAGCCGUCCGACACUGUUUCGUUGGCCAUGUUGGGUUUGGGCGACAUCGUCAUCCCCGGUAUGAUGGUCGGCCACGCACUUCGCUUCGAUCUUUAUCUUUAUUACCUGCGGAAGGGAUACCAGAAAGCGAAGGCUGAAGGUAACGAGGAAGAGCCGGUCAAGCCUAUCUAUCAAUCCGCUAGAGGGGGUUGGGGCGAACGUUUCUGGACGAAGCCCAUGAAACCGCAAGAGGCUGAGCUGGAACCCCCUUAUCAGGAUGCUCGACUCUUUCCCAAGACCUACUUCAAGGCUAGUGUCGUUGGGUACCUGGUUGGAAUGAUCGCAACUCUUGUGGUCAUGCAAUGUUUCAACCACCCUCAACCCGCUCUGCUGUAUCUUGUUCCCGGUGUCCUUAUUUCUCUUUGGGGUACCGCCUUCGUCAAAGGCGAAAUCCAUCACAUGUGGAACUUCAGUGACAGCGAAGACGACGAGGAAGACGAAGAGACCGACUCUGGUGAUAAAGAAAAGGUACACCAGGAAAAGGACAAGAAUGUUGGUUUCUUCAGCAAACUCUUCAAUAAAUCACAGAAAUUAGCCGACAAGGCGCAGAAGUCGGAAGAAGCUUCCAAUAAAUCCGCCGAUGGAAAGAACGAUAAAGCUGGGGACAAGAAGUCCGGUCAAGAUGGCAAAGCCCACGAGGAUUUAGAUCUGUUUUCUUUCUCAUUCUACAUCCCGCGCAAGAGCAAGUCGGCAAAGUCGGCAGCUAAAGCUGCUGAGACUGACGGGGCUACCGACGAUUCGAAGAGCUCGUCGACUCGUACUGACUCUCCCGUGGAAGACGAGAACUGGGCUGUCAUUAGUGGUUCGAAGCCUGAUAACGAACCUCCUACCAAAAGACAACGCAGGAGCCCUAGGAACACAGCAAAAGCUACUGCUGAGUAG